ACUCCUACCAUCCUCACUCACUCUUCGUCCAAUUCUGCUGCAGCCAACUUCACUCGUUUCUCAACCAAGUGUUUCUCCAAAUCUCAAAUUUUUGAUAACUUCCAGGUCUCCGAUAAGUGAAGAUAUGGCAUCUACUUACGAGUGGAAAGUGGGGGAUAUUGUGUGGGCGAAAAUGAAAGGAUUUUCAACCUGGCCUGGAAAGAUCGCACUUCCUCGCCCAAAUAUGAAGAAACCAAAGGCUACUAAACCUAUGCACUGUGUCUGGUUUUUUGGAUCGCAAAACUUUGGAUGGAUUGAUGAAAACCAAAUUGAAGAUUAUGCUGAAAAGCGAAAAGCAAACUCAAAUGUAUGCAAGUCACAGUUGUUUAAAAAUGCGAUUGUUGACUGUGACGAGUACAUUUCUCGGCGAGAGGCGGGGGAAGAUGUCGAAUCUCAGUUUCAGCAGCAGUAUGAAGAGGAAGAACUUGUGCCGGUGGAGGAUGAAUUCGAAUAUGUAGACGACAGUGCACAAGAUGAGAAUGUUUCUGAGACUUCGGGUGGACGAAAACGUCGUGGACGUUCAUUUAGUCGGGAAGAAGGCGAAGGCAAAAAACGACGGUCGUCUUCUAUUUCUUCUUCGUGGUCUACUUCGGGCGCUCCGAGGAAGAAGUCUGUUGCGGAAAAUGGAGAGGCCACUCCUAAGGCAGUGAAAGCUAAAACUCCAAAGAAAUCACUACCGUUUGCCAGCGGCUCGGCUCACGCUGCAGCGUCACCACGAAAGUCAGCAGCGACAAUUCUGCUAAAUCGACCAACAGUUGCUGCCAAACCGGACACAGUUCCGCUCAACAUUGGGGAUAUCAGUGAGACUCUCCGAAGCAAGCAGAUUAAGCCCACUGAUCUUCGGUUUGGCUUUUUGGGAUUGGGGAAUAUGGGUUCAGGAAUGGUAAAGAACCUAAUUCAAUCCGGUCAUAAAGUGACCGUCUGGAACCGAACUCCCGAAAAGUGUCGCAAUUUCGUGACUGCUGGAGCAACGGAAGGCUUGACUCCUUCAGAUGUUGUCGCAUCAUCGGACAUUAUAUUUUCCUGCGUGUCGGAUGCUACAACUGCGAAGGAGCUUAUUUUCGGAAAUUGCGGAGUGGAUUCAGAAAUGAGUGCUCACAAGGCAUACGUUGAAAUGACUGGAAUUGACGUGGAAUCAUCCAAGGAUAUUGCUGAUGGAAUUCAAGCAAAAGGUGGACGUUAUCUAGAAGCCCAGAUGCAGGGCAGCAAGUCCGACUCUGAAGAGGGGACAUUGAUCAUUCUCGCUGCUGGAGAACGGUCUUUAUAUGAUGACUGUCUUACGGCUUUUGCUGCUAUUAGUUCGCGAUCAUUCUUUCUGGGUGAGGUUGGCAGUGCCAUUAAAAUGAAUCUUGUUCUGCAAUUGGUACAAGGAGUUUCAGUCGCCGCACUAACUGAGGGAUUGGCGCUCGCAGAUCGAGCUAAUUUGAAAAGUGACGACGUUAUGGAAAUUCUUGGAUUGACGACAUUCUCAAAUGACUUGAUCAAACAAAAGGGAGAAAUCAUCGUGGGUGGCAACUUUGGCGUCCAGCACCCCCUUCAGUACAUGCAGAAGGACCUGAACACGGCUCUGAACCUCGGUCAUCAAAUUGAACAGCCUCUACCACUCACAGCUGCUGCAAACGAGGUGUUUAAACAUGCCAAACGCCUAGGAUAUGCUGAACAUGAUGUUUCAGCUGUAUAUAUUCGUGCUCGUUUUUAAACUAAUUUCCUUCAUAUUUUGGCCCUUUAAAUAUGAUGUCGGCAUUGCGCGUGCAUAUUUCUUACUCCUUGAUAGUUUCUUUGUUAGCUUGAACAUUUCCACUUCAUGCUGCUUCACAUUUUUACCGGCGUUAUGAGUAUACAUGGCUGACUUUGUUUUUUGCAAUAUCUUAUCUAAUAAUAUCGUUUGCUACUUUAGCACUGUGUUAUAAGUAAUGUGGGGUAAUGAUGAAUUGUAAUAGUGCAAGUAAAUUUUUAUUUAUGUUAUCUCUAGACGUUAAAUUACAAUCCUUACCAGGAUUUAAUCGUACCUCCUGGGCUAUAUGAAUUACCAGUUGACGAUCCCACUUGCCUAUCGGCUUUCGUGCGAUAUUUGAUACUGUUUAACAGACGAUAUGGCACUUGAAUGUUUUUUCUUGGUUAAUCUGUUGUUCGUAAUUUUACUAUGAAACAAGCGGUUCAGGAUAAAAAUAUUCCCAAACUUGUCUGGUUAUUUAAUAUCUGAAACACAUUGGUAUUUAUUUGUUGAGACGACUGUGUUGUUGUUUAAAUUGGUAAAAUAUAUGAUACACUGAUUUAGCUUAGGUAAAUACUUCGGUAUAUAUGAAUAAGAGGAGUAAUUAAUUAUUGUUUUGGUAUAGCACUUUGAGAUUAUGGUCUAAGAAUUAAAAGAAGCGGCUCAUUCUAAACAUGUAAAAUUAGCUGCUACUUUAAAUUGUCAGACCAUAGUAUAGAAUAUAGAAAGAUUUAAGUUGCAAUUAUGCAACCAGUGAAAUAUAUAUGAAAUGUCAAAUUUGUAGGUUGCAGGACCAAUUGGUUCCUUUUUCCUACAAAACCGGUACAUAGUGUCCCACUCCCUUAUAGUAUAAAAAGUUAGUCUAUCCCCUUUUUGUUUCUAUAACUAAACUUGCGGCGGAAUAAAAUACGUAUCCUGGCAUCCAUACUGGCUGUAAGUAAUUCCAAUAUGGAUAAGUAGUUAGAACUAAUCGUAGUAGGUACAUAUAUAGCAUCCUUUUCAUUUACAGGAUUUAUCAGUACUUGUUGCACUGCUAUCAUUUAUUUUCGAGAGGUGAAUAGUUUUAUUGUUACCAGCACUUUUACAAAAAAAAAGUUGCUAUUAGAAGAUGAAUUGUUACAAUUAUGACUAUGUCAUACGUUAAAAUUAGUACUUUUAAAAUUAAUUUGACUUUCAUAUAAUUCUGUACUCGGAAAUUGAUUAAUAAACUCAUUAACGUAUAUAGAAGUACUAAA